UAGCUUCUUGUUACUCGUAAAAAUCAAAUCUUUUUGAACAUUUUUUUUCCAAGGAAGAUGAUCUUGUUGUUCCAAGAAUACAUUUUGUGGAAAUUUAUUGUAAAUCUUGAAACAAAGUUCAGUGUUGCAAAAAGCUUUUAUUUUUGGAUUUUCCAGAUUUUCAACAGAUAUAGCUGUGGUACUUAAAAGUGGAAAAUAUUGUCUUGAAAAUCUUGUGUUUGCUCUUGUUUUUUUUUUUUGGGAGAAAAUUCUGUUUUGGGAUAUUGUUACUUCAUCAUGGCAGGAACAUCACUGCCUCCGGGAUUUCGAUUUCAUCCUACUGAUGAGGAAUUAGUUGGAUAUUACCUGAAAAGGAAAACUGAUGGACUUGAAAUUGAAUUGGAAGUUAUUCCAGUAAUUGACUUGUACAAAUUUGAUCCAUGGGAACUUCCAGAGAAAUCUUUCUUGCCUAAACGUGACUUCGAGUGGUUUUUCUUCUGUGCUCGGGACAAGAAGUAUCCGAAUGGGUCAAGAACUAAUCGAGCUACUAAAUCUGGAUACUGGAAAGCCACAGGGAAAGACAGGAAAGUUGUGUGUCAUCCAGCAGUUGUUGGCUAUCGCAAAACAUUGGUUUUCUAUCGUGGAAGAGCUCCGCUUGGGGAUAGAACGGAUUGGGUAAUGCACGAGUAUCGUCUUUGUGAUGAUGUUACUCAGGGUACUCCAAGUUUUCAGGGGCCUUUUGCACUUUGUCGUGUCAUAAAGAGAAACGACGUUUCAUUGAAGACGAAAGAUGUUGGAGGAGUUAAGCAAAUUGGAUGUACAACAAGUGGAGCAUUUACCUCAGUAAAUGCUCUUUCUGAUGAAACGCCAACUCAAAGUGCAUACAUGAGCAACGAUAGCAAUUACUCGACUCCUAUUACUUCUCCUUAUCAGACAACACAAUUUGGGGAUUAUGAGUCUGCAAUAGGGGCUAAUUCUGCAAACCUCUGGAUGUCCUCUGCUAUGAUUCUUGAUUCAUCUAAGGAAUGUCCUCAGGGACAGAAUGCAUCUAAUUACUGUCCACAGUAUGACUUCCCGAGCAUGACCCCGUGCCAGCCUAGUGAUCAAUCUGAGUUCACAUCAAAUUCAACUUUCCCGAAUUUUAGAGGGGAAGUUGAACUUUCUGGUGACUUAAGUAGCUUUGGCUGCAUGUCCCCUUACUCGAUUCAUGGAAGCUACGUGGGGUUUUAUGGCAACGAAGACAUGACAUAUGAAGGUUUCAAUCAGAACAACUCAACCAAGAAUCCAAAUCUCUUCUGAAGACGAAAUGAUCAUAGGAAGACAAUAUGUUAUGGUUUGAAAUAACUUAAAGGUUGUUCUCUGAGACAAUGGUUUUUAUGUUUUGUCAUAAGAGUCAUUCGAUUUUACAACGUCUCUGAGUCUAGUUCGCGAAGUCAAUUCUAAGCAUAACAUUGUUACUGAAGAAUGAAGUAUGUAGUGAUUGAUCACAUUUAAAAAUCACACUAUAGAACAUGGUCUAUGUUAUAACCUAA